AUGAAGUCAAUUUCUCUCAUCGUCAUUCUUCUCCUCUCAUCCUCUUUUGCGCCGCAAACCGCAACUGCAUUCUCCUUGUUCCCGUUUCCAUUCUCAUUUCCUUCGCUUCCAUUUUCAUUCCCUUCGCUUCCGUUUUCGCUCCCUUCCAUCUUCGGUGGAAGUACCGGUAACGGUAGCGGCAACAAUAGCGAGCUAGCUACGAGGUGCUUCCCGGACCUAGGAGACGGAGAGGCCUGCAUGGCUGAAAUCUUCGGGUCGUUCUAUAACCGUCAAAUCACGAUAGGACCCGAAUGUUGCAAGGCCAUUGUUGAGAUCGACGAAGACUGUACACAAGCCGUUUUCAAACCGUUUAGCAACACUUUCUUUAGUAGUUCCGUCAAGCAGUUUUGCACUUACAUCAAUAAUUGA